UAGAAAAUUUAGUAUAAAAAAAAAUUAGCAUUAAUUUAGUAGAAAAAUAUUUAGUAUUUUCAUUCUAUUCGUUUUUCAAUCUGCACAUUUGUGACGAGUGACACGCAAAACAUGGAUCUCACUAGCGACUCGAAGCGAAAUUCGCAGACGUGUCGGUUGCCGCAGAGGCGUUCGGCCAGCGUCGACGAUGACGAUAAUGUGAGCAACAAUUCCAUGAGCUCCUUUAAUGUGCUGCUAACAGCUGCCUCCGACUCGGAAUCGCAUUCUCCGGUCAGCGUGCGUGACAUGAUUAAACGAUAUGACACAGUGGCCAAGUUGGGCACCAAAGGUGGUGGACGCAGUCUGCAGCAGCAGCAAUACAGCUUGCCUGCAAUGAAGUCCGCAUAUUUUGGUGUGAACAAUUUUGGCACCCAUACGCUUUCGCAUCGUUAUCCCUCGCGUCAUUAUGUGACACAGAAGAAAGAGGAGGAUAAGGGCAGUAAAUCGACGCAAACCAAUCGCGGUAUUGACCACAAUCACAGCGCCAAAGUGAAACACAGUUGCAAGCCAAACAAUAAUAGCUGCACAACGAAGCAGCAAACGGAUGCAAUGGAUGACUCUUGCUUCGUGCGAGAACGUCACGUCUCUUUGAGCGAUAGUGAAAAUAUCUAUGUUGCCGAUCACACCAGGCGCACCUCAAGGUCGCCGCCUCGCGAUGCUAAUGAUGCUGCCAGCAGUUUAGAGGAGAAUAUGCCAGACGGCAACGAUAGGGCCGGUGUAACUGGAAGCAUCGAGGARGCGAAUUUUCAGCCAAUGGAGACUUCUUAUCAGAGUAAAACGACAAUUGCAAAGACUGCCGGAGGUGUCCGCAUUAUAAUCGAUAUAUUUUUCGAUCAGGAGCAGCAGCCAGUAUCCGCCACAGAUGUUGUGGGCAGUCGCGUUGAGACGGACAUUCCGCAGAGCCGUAUACUCAACGAAUUUCAGCAGCAAGCAGCUUCCGCUGAACUAACACGCAACUGAAAGCAAUCRGYCUCCUUUCAAGAACGUUUUCAAAGGAUCGGUCAACUAAGCUAUGAAAACUGUUUUAUAAAAUUGGUAACCAAACUGAUAUAAGCAACAUGGAUGWGCCCAAAUCUUAGGUUUUUCUUAUUUUGAUAUUUUUUAAAUCAUCAAGCGUUUCUGCAUGCUUUCAUGCSUUGAAUUUAUUUCUUACAAAUUUAUACUAAU